AUGGUCAAGGUUGCGGCAUUUGUGUGUGGUGUCGCUAGUAGCGGCAAAAGUACGUUUUGCGGUGCUUUAAUUCGUUAUAUGCGAGGCAUUGGUCGUCGAUGUCAUCUUGUGAACUUGGAUCCUGCAGCAGAGAACUUUGAAUGGGAGCCUACAGUUGACAUUCGUGAUUUGAUUACGCUGGAAGAUGUUAUGGAGGAAAUGGGUUAUGGACCAAACGGUGGAUUGAUUUACUGCUUCGAAUUUUUGAUGGAGAACUUGGACUGGUUGAUUGAGGAAAUUGGGGAUUAUGACGAGGAUUACCUGAUUUUCGAUAUGCCCGGACAGAUUGAGCUGUACACUCAUGUCCCCAUUCUCCCGUCACUUAUUCAGCAAUUGAAUGUGAGCUUAAACUUUCGUCCUUGCGCUAUAUACCUGUUGGAAAGCCAGUUCAUUGUGGACAGGACAAAAUUCUUUGCCGGUGUGUUGAGUGCUAUGAGUGCAAUGAUCAUGCUUGAAAUUCCUCACAUCAACUUGCUUAGUAAAGUGGACCUGCUUCGAAACAACACGAACCUCUCGCGUGCAGACUUCAAAAGAUUCCUAAACAUCGAUCCACUAUUGCUCGUAGGCGAGGUGAAUGCGAAAACAAAUCCUCGUUUCCACGAGCUGAAUCAAAGCAUUGUACAAUUGAUUGACGACUUCAACAUGGUCAACUUUCUCCCACUGGAAAGUGGCAACGAAGAAAGCGUAAAACGAGUCCUUAGCUACAUCGAUGAUGCUACACAAUGGUAUGAGGACCAAGAACCAAAGGAGCCUCAUGACUCGGCCGAUGAAGACGAUGACGAAGAAUAA